AUGAGAUCGGAGAAAUCCUUGACGCUGGCGGCGCCGGGGGAGGUCCGUGGGCCGGAGGGGGAGCAACAGGAUGCCGGAGAGUUCCAGGAGGCCGCGGGCGGCGGUGGCUGCUGUAGUAGUGAGAGGCUGGUGAUCAACAUCUCGGGGCUGCGCUUCGAGACGCAGUUGCGCACCCUAUCGCUGUUCCCCGACACGCUUCUGGGAGACCCUGGCCGCAGAGUCCGCUUCUUCGACCCCCUGAGGAACGAGUACUUCUUUGACCGCAACCGACCCAGCUUCGAUGCCAUCCUCUACUACUAUCAAUCCGGGGGCCGCCUGCGUAGGCCGGUCAACGUGCCCCUGGACAUCUUUAUGGAAGAGAUCCGCUUCUAUCAGUUGGGGGACGAAGCCCUGGCGGCCUUCCGGGAGGAUGAGGGUUGUCUGCCCGAAGGUGGCGAAGAUGAGAAACCACUCCCCUCCCAGCCCUUCCAGCGCCAGGUCUGGCUCCUCUUUGAGUACCCGGAGAGCUCUGGACCCGCUCGAGGCAUUGCCAUCGUCUCAGUGUUGGUCAUUCUUAUCUCCAUCGUCAUCUUUUGCCUGGAGACCUUGCCCCAGUUCCGCGCAGAUGGGCGUGGUGGAAGCAAUGAAGGUAGUGGGACCCGCAUGUCCCCGGCCUCCAGGGGGAGUCACGAGGAAGAAGAGGAGGACGAGGAUUCCUAUGCAUUUCCUGGUGGCAUUCCCCCUGCGGGGGUGGGGACUGGGGGAACGUCCUCAUUCAGUACUCUCGGGGGUUCCUUCUUCACAGACCCUUUCUUUCUGGUGGAAACUUUGUGUAUCGUCUGGUUCACUUUUGAGCUCCUGGUGCGCUUCUCUGCUUGUCCCAGCAAGGCGGCCUUCUUUCGCAAUAUCAUGAACAUCAUUGACUUGGUGGCCAUCUUCCCCUACUUUAUCACCCUGGGCACUGAGCUAGUGCAACGUCACGAGCAGUCCGUGAGUGGUGGCAGUGGCCAAAAUGGGCAGCAGGCCAUGUCCUUAGCCAUCCUCAGGGUGAUUCGCCUAGUCCGGGUGUUCCGCAUCUUCAAGCUCUCCCGCCAUUCCAAGGGGCUGCAGAUCCUGGGUAAGACUUUGCAGGCAUCCAUGCGGGAGCUGGGGCUACUCAUCUUCUUCCUCUUCAUCGGAGUCAUCCUCUUCUCCAGCGCCGUCUACUUCGCAGAGGCAGAUGAUGAUGACUCGCUCUUCCCUAGCAUCCCAGAUGCCUUCUGGUGGGCUGUGGUUACAAUGACCACGGUAGGUUAUGGGGAUAUGUACCCCAUGACCGUGGGGGGCAAGAUUGUGGGUUCAUUGUGCGCCAUUGCUGGGGUUCUCACCAUUGCUUUGCCGGUACCGGUCAUUGUCUCCAAUUUCAACUACUUCUAUCACCGAGAGACAGAACAGGAAGAGCAAGGCCAGUAUACCCACGUCACUUGUGGGCAGCCUACACCAGACCUGAAGGCAACGGACAAUGGGCUUGGCAAACCUGACUUUUCCGAGGCUUCACGAGAACGGCGGCCUAGCUACCUUCCAACUCCACAUCGAGCUUAUGCAGAGAAAAGGAUGCUCACUGAGGUUUGAUGGAUGCAGGCAGGGCCUGCAGGAAAACGGGAGCUCUGAGCAAGCCAUCUCUCAGGCUUCCUUCUCAUGCUCACUACUCCCGCCCUAGCUCCAGAGGACCUCGAACCCCCUCCCCCGUACCCAGUACAUGGCAUCCUGGACCAAAUACCUGGACUGUAGACUGUUGCUCAAUCCUCGCAGCAUUCGAGGUUUCUCCAUCUUAGUGACAUUUUGGAAAUUUCAACGGUGCCGCCCAAUCAUACCCAUCUGUCAAGUGGAUGAGAUACACAUUUCUGCCUGACCUUCCCUCAAGACUGACUCUUCAUGCCUGGGUCUUGUAAUAUCGCUAGGAAUGGUGACAUCAAUAGAAUAGGAAGCAGCUCUACUCAGGUCCCUUCUUUACCGUCCUUUGCUUUGGGUCAUGCACCUUCCUUAGCUUCUGGCCACUUGGUCACUGACAGAAUCUGGAGACUGGAAAAAAAUUCAACUUGCUCUUUUAGCUCAGUGCCCUAUCCACCUUCUGGCUGGUAGAGCUGUCAGCUGCACAGUUAUUCAUGCCUGAAUUUGGAUGGAAUUAGAGCAAACUACCCAACUGGAUUAUUUGAAGGACCUGAGGGUCCGUUCUAGACCGAAGGGGCUGGUUGAUUCCUCUGGGUGUGAUCUGGCACAGGAGACCCUGGCUGGGGUCCACAUAAAUCCUCUCU